GAAGCCAAAUUCGAUCGGGGAAUGCGGGAUGAAUUUCCUCCGACGAGUAUCGCUUACGAGUAACGUGCGUACUAUAAAAGCAUCUUACCGGGGAAUCUAUUGUCAAUCGAAGUUUUACUACCAGAUUAACAGUGAGAAGAACUAAGUGGCUCCUGGUAGCUAGUAGUUCUCAAGUUUAGAAUUUCAUCAAGUGAAAAGUUUACCUCCCUCAACAGGAAUCAAUAUGCAGAUCUUCGUCAAGACUCUGACGGGCAAAACCAUCACCCUCGAUGUUGAAGCCGUUGACACGAUUCAGAACAUCAAGGGCAAGAUCGAGGACAAGGAAGGUAUCCCUCCAGAUCAGCAGCGCUUGAUCUUCGCUGGCAAGCAGCUGGAAGACGGCCGUGCCCUGUCAGACUACAAUGUUCAGAAGGGAUCCACCCUGCAUCUGGUGCUGCGCCUUCGAGGUGGCAACAUGCAGAUCUUCGUCAAGAUGUUAACCGGCAGAACCCUGGCCAUCGAUACCGAUCCCGAGGACACAGUCGACACUCUGAGGGUUAAGAUUUCGGAAAAGCUCGAGGAAAUGCCACCAAACCAGCUGCGCUUGAUCUUCGCCGGUAAGCAAUUGGAGGACGGACGUACCCUGCAGGAAUACAGCAUCAUCAAGGGAUCAACCGUGCACUUGGUCCUUCGGUUAAAGGGCGGCCAAUGACGGCAAACCGGAGCACACAUGCCGCUGGGAAAUUGAAACUUUACCGAAUACGGAACUGCCUACAAGACUUGCCUAGAUAACCGAAGUGGAUGUUUUGGUAGCGAAACUACCAAAAUGGUGUAAUUUAUAAUUUAGGAUCAUAGUUAAUAUACUUAUGCAUAUGUACA